AUGGAAGAACUUGGAAUAAUAACACCGCAGCCUGCAGCUAAUGGUUCUGCCUUCAAGGCAAAAUCUGCACAUGAGCUAAGGUCUAAGUUUAUUGACACAAAUAACUCUUCCGAGGAUGUAUAUUUGAAGCUUAAGAGGCUUCAGAAGCAGCUUGAACUCAUUCUAUUACAGGAGGAAUAUAUUAAGGAUGAACAGAGAUACUUAAAAAGGGAGUUGAUUCGUGCACAAGAAGAGGUGAAAAAGAUUCAAUCUGUGCCCUUAGUCAUAGGUCAGUUUCUUGAACCUAUUGACCAGUAUACUGGUAUUGUUUCUUCCACCACAGGUUCAAACUAUGUGGUGAGAAUUCUUUCGACGUUGGACAGAGAAUUGUUGAAGCCUUCAGCAUCGGUGGCUCUACAUCGUCAUUCUAACGCUUUAGUGGAUAUUCUACCUCCAGAGGCCGACUCGUCUAUCUCUAUUGUAGGCGACAAGGUCAAACCAAAUGUUACCUACAACGAUGUUGGUGGCUUGGACGUGCAAAAGCAAGAAAUUCGUGAAGCAGUGGAGUUACCAUUAACACAAAUGGAUAUGUAUAAACAGAUCGGUAUUGAUCCUCCAAGGGGUGUUUUACUUUAUGGACCUCCUGGUACGGGAAAAACGAUGCUUGUUAAGGCUGUCGCUCAUCAUACAACUGCCGCUUUCAUACGUGUAAAUGGUUCUGAGUUUGUACAGAAAUAUCUUGGUGAAGGUCCAAGAAUGGUUCGUGAUGUGUUCAGACUGGCCAGAGAAAAUGCUCCUUCCAUUAUAUUCAUCGAUGAGAUCGAUGCCAUUGCUACAAAGAGAUUUGAUGCUCAGACAGGUGCGGAUAGAGAGGUGCAGAGAAUUUUGAUCGAGCUUUUGACGCAGAUGGAUGGCUUUGAUCAAUCUACCAAUGUCAAAGUGAUUAUGGCUACCAAUAGAGCGGAUACAUUAGAUCCGGCCUUAUUAAGACCCGGAAGAUUGGACAGAAAAAUUGAAUUUCCUUCGUUAAAAGAUAGAAGAGAAAGAAGGAUGAUUUUCAGUACGGUUGCUUCUAAGAUGUCGCUUGCGCCAGAAGCUGAUUUGGACUCACUCAUUGUGAGAAAUGAUCCUUUGAGUGGUGCCGUUAUUGCUGCCAUAAUGCAGGAGGCAGGCCUCAGAGCUGUCAGAAAGAAUAGAUACAUGAUCAUACAGAGCGAUUUGGAAGAGGCUUACACUUCUCAGGUGAAGACAGGUACUGAAGUGGAUAAGUUUGAGUUCUAUAGGUGA